AUGUUUUUAAUUAAAAAAGAAAAAACACUAUAAAUCCGUCUCUCUCAUUACCUCUCUCUCAUUUCUAGGGUUUUCUCUCUCCUCUCUCCUCUCUCUCUUUCAGGUUUCUCUCUCCUCUCUCCUCUUUGUCUCUCUUUCUCUCUCCAGAAGGGCAAAAUCCUAAAGAGACGUUUACACCCCCCAAUGGUAAAGGUAAUUGCCUUUAUUACUCGAGGACUCUUUGAUAGCCUCGAUGAUCAGGGUGACAAUGCUGCUGGUGACCGGUCCCAGAACAUAUCAGAAGCUGAUAUCAGGAUUGCAAUGUUAUUAGUGGUUGUGCUAAAAAAUAUAACAGAAAUACUGAUUUUCCCCCCUUUGCUGUAUUGUUGACAAUGUACAGCUUUCAUGGACGACGAUGCAUUGAACAUGCGCAAUUGGGGUUAUUAUGAACCGUCAUACAAGGAGCCACUAGGUCUCCAGCUAAUGCCAGCCAUGGUAGACCGUGAUUCGAAGCAUCUCCUACCCAGGCGUGAUCCGAAUAACAUCAUGGUUGGUGCCACUGGAGCCUACCUUCCGCGUGAUUCUUUGGUUUCGGAUGCCUCUAUGCAUAUGAAUUAUAUGAGGGAUAGUUGGAUAAACCGGGAGAAGUUUUUAAAUAUGCUACCCCCAAAUCCUAGUUAUGUUGUUCACCCUGAAACUUCUGGAGCUCAGUCCAUGCCAAUGUUACAGCCACCCGAUUCAUCAAGGGAUGAGAGGGUGAGUAGGAUGGAGGAGCCUAGUGUAAGUAAGGAAGGUAGCCAGCUGAAGAAAAGACAAGUUGGGGGUACCGCCCCCAAAACUCCCAAACCUAAGAAACCUAGAAAGCCAAAAGAUGGUAACAACAAUACAGUUCAGCGUGCGAAGCCAGCUAAGAAAAGUGUGGAUGUUGUUAUAAAUGGGAUUGAUAUGGACAUUUCAGGUAUCCCAAUUCCGGUCUGCUCAUGUACCGGAACUCCUCAGCAAUGUUAUCGAUGGGGCUGUGGAGGAUGGCAGUCUGCAUGUUGCACCACAAAUGUCUCGAUGUAUCCUCUGCCAAUGAGUACCAAAAGACGCGGUGCAAGGAUAGCUGGAAGGAAAAUGAGUCAGGGUGCAUUUAAGAAGGUACUGGAGAAGCUCGCGGCUGAAGGUUAUGACUUUGCUAACCCAAUUGAUUUAAGGACUCACUGGGCAAGACAUGGAACCAACAAGUUUGUCACUAUCAGGUAGAUUUACUUUGUUGGUACCAGUAAUGGGACUCCCAUUACCUGUGGCCUGCUUCUCUUGUAUAUAUCCGUGGCCUCUUGCGGAGAUCUAUUUGGUUCGUUGUAGUUCAAGAAUUUUCAGCCAUGAUACAUGUUUUCGAAAUUCAGACAUCUAGUCUUUUCGAAAUUGUUGUUAACUUUUCAUUUUCGUCUGUGUUAAAAAGCCAACCAGUAAGUUCUGGCACCCGGAUGUAGGAUGUGGAUGAGUUUAUUUUGUUGGAUUGGAUUCUCUUUUCUGCGGUUAAUUUCAUUUUAUUAAAGAUUAUCAAUUGAAUUCUCCUUUCACCA